UCCUCAACUUCUUUCAAGCAAUAUUUUCUUCCUCAGUUGAUCAUGGCUUCCACAACACCCACCAUUCCCAAAACCGUCACUAAAGAGAUAAUUACCGAGAUGGGAACAUUCAUCAGUAUUUUUAGCGACGGUUCAAUAGAAAGACCAAUACAAUCUCCAUUUGUUCCUCCAGUUCUCAAUGACCCAAAAACAGGACAUUCAUCCAAAGACAUUGUAAUCCCACACAACCCCGCAGUUUCAUCUAGAAUUUACCUUCCAAAAAUCACAAGCCCAUCUUCCAAAUUUCCAAUCUUGGUCUAUUUUCACGGCGGCGCUUUCCUCUUUGAAUCCGCAUUCUCUCAACUCUACCAUGAACACUUGAAAACCUUAGCAUCACAAGCAAAUAUUAUCAUUGUGUCGGUCGAGUAUCGCCUUGCUCCUGAGUUUCCUGUCACUGCAUGUUACCAUGACUGUUGGGCUGCACUCAAAUGGGUAUCUUCUCAUUCCAAUAACACCCUCAACAAUCCAGAGCCAUGGUUGAUUGAACAUGGCGAUUUCGCUAGGGUUUUCAUUGGUGGUGACAGUGCUGGUGGUAACAUUACUCAUAAAAUUGCAAUUCAAGCUGGAACUGAAUCAUUACCCUGUGAUAUUAAAAUAUUAGGAGCUAUUAUGAUUCACCUUUAUUUUCAUAGCUCUUAUCCAAUUGGGUCAGAACCUAUUAUAGAGCCUCAGGACAAUCUUUUUCAUCAAGUUUGGCAUUUGUGUUACCCAAAUUCACCUCAUGGAAUUGAUAACCCUUUGGUGAAUCCUUUGGGAGAAGGUGCAACUAGCUUGGAAAAACUUGGUUGCUCUAGAAUUCUUAUCUGUGUUGCUGAAAAAGAUAAGUUAAGAGAUAGAGGAGUUUGGUAUUGGAAAAAUGUGAAGAAAAGUGGGUGGAAUGGGAAAUUGGAAUUGUUUGAAGAGAAAGAUGAGAAUCAUGUUUAUCAUUUGUUGAAACCAGAAUCUGAGAGUGCUAGGAAAUUUAUCCAGCGAUUGGUUAGUUUUGUACAAGAGUGAAGAAGAGUUGCCAUACCUUUGUUUGAUUUGUUUCUUUGUAGUUGUUUUCUUAUCAAUAAUAAAUUUGGUUUUGCUAAAGGCAAAAAGAUAGGACAAAUAACUUUUUAAGGGUGUAGUACUUCUAGUACUGGUAUGUUUUAGUGGAAAUAAUAGAGAUAUUUCUCUAGACAAAAAUGGAUGGAAGUAAAACUUUAGAGAUAUUUCUCUAGACAAAAAUGGAUGGAAGUAAAACUUUACGGUAUACCUUUAAUA